CCCCCGCCUCGCUGCCGGCUUCCCUGCUAGAAGCAAGAGGGGAUGUGGUGAAUGCAUCGGCUUCACCGAGCGAGAGCAGAUCCUCACGCGGGCACAGAGCCCCAGGAACACCAUGGCCGACGCAGACGAGGGCUUUGGCCUGGCGCACACGCCUCUGGAACCGGACUCAAAAGAUCUGUCCUGCGAUUCCAAACCCGAGAGCGCGCUAGGGACCUCCAGCAAAUCUCCUUCCUCCCCGCAAGCCGCCUUCACCCAGCAGGGGAUGGAAGGAAUCAAGGUAUUUCUCCAUGAACGAGAACUGUGGUUGAAAUUCCACGAAGUCGGCACGGAAAUGAUUAUUACCAAGGCUGGAAGGCGGAUGUUCCCCAGUUACAAAGUGAAGGUGACUGGCCUUAAUCCCAAAACGAAAUACAUUCUCCUGAUGGAUAUUGUCCCUGCGGAUGAUCACAGAUACAAAUUCGCAGAUAAUAAAUGGUCUGUGACCGGCAAAGCGGAGCCAGCCAUGCCAGGUCGCCUCUAUGUGCACCCAGACUCACCCGCCACCGGCGCCCAUUGGAUGAGACAACUCGUGUCCUUCCAGAAGCUCAAGCUCACCAAUAACCACCUGGAUCCAUUUGGGCAUAUUAUUCUAAAUUCCAUGCACAAAUACCAGCCCAGAUUACAUAUCGUGAAAGCGGAUGAAAAUAAUGGAUUUGGCUCAAAAAAUACAGCGUUCUGCACCCACGUCUUUCCUGAGACGGCGUUUAUCGCGGUAACUUCCUACCAAAACCACAAGAUCACACAGUUAAAGAUAGAGAAUAAUCCCUUUGCCAAAGGAUUCCGGGGUAGCGAUGACAUGGAGCUUCACAGGAUGUCAAGGAUGCAAAGUAAAGAAUAUCCUGUGGUUCCCAGGAGCACAGUGAGGCAAAAAGUGGCUUCCAACCACAGUCCUUUCAGCAGCGAGCCUCGCGCUCUCUCCGCCUCAUCCAACUUGGGCUCUCAGUACCAGUGUGAGAACGGUGUCUCCGGCCCCUCCCAGGACCUUCUUCCUCCACCCAACCCAUACCCCCUGCCCCAGGAGCACGGCCAGAUUUACCAUUGCACCAAGAGGAAAGAUGAAGAAUGUUCCACCACAGACCAUCCCUACAAGAAGCCCUACAUGGAAACAUCACCCAGUGAAGAGGACCCCUUCUACCGCUCUAGCUAUCCCCAGCAGCAGGGCCUGAGUGCCUCCUACAGGACAGAGUCAGCCCAGCGGCAGGCCUGCAUGUAUGCCAGCUCCGCGCCACCCAGCGAGCCGGUCCCCAGCCUAGAGGACAUCAGCUGUAACACGUGGCCCAGCAUGCCUUCCUACAGCAGCUGCACGGUCACCACUGUGCAGCCCAUGGACAGGCUACCUUACCAGCAUUUCUCUGCUCACUUCACCUCAGGCCCUCUGGUCCCCAGGCUGGCUGGCAUGGCCAACCAUGGCUCCCCGCAGCUCGGAGAGGGAAUGUUCCAGCACCAGUCCUCCGUGGCUCACCAGCCUGUGGUCAGGCAGUGUGGGCCUCAGACUGGCCUCCAGUCCCCUGGCAGCCUUCAGCCCCCUGAGUUCCUCUAUUCUCACGGCGUGCCAAGGACCCUGUCACCGCACCAGUACCACUCUGUGCACGGAGUCGGCAUGGUGCCAGAGUGGAGCGAGAAUAGCUAAAGCUAGAGACUGGGGAGAGAGAGAAAGAGAGAGGGAGAGACAGUAGCAAAGAGAACCCCACGGACAAGAUUGUUCAUUUCACCCAGCGUUCACGUCCGUACCUGAGGCUGCUGGAUGCUGAUCUAAUCAGUAGCUUGAAACCACAAUUCAAAAAAUGUGACUUUGUUGUUUUGUCUCCAGACUUAAAAAACCAACAACAACAAAAAAUGAGUUCUACUCCCAUGGCCACCUUACUCAC